AUGGACGACGAUGGUCCGGCAGAGAUCGAGGAAGUCCUUGCUCGGCUCCGCCAGGGACAAGACGUAUCGGACAAGCCGAGUCGAGAAUUUGAGGGGGGCGGAGCGGACGGGGCUAAUGAUGCCGAGCCCGAAGACGGGGCCAAAAUGAUCAACGAGAUAACCUCUUCCGGCAUGUUUGCGUUGGACGGACCGCCGGGCGUGUCGGAUGCGGAGAAGGUCCGCUUUGCUUGCAAUGCCGUGGGCGGCGACGGGGCCGAGGACGACCGGCGGGGCCAGAGCAUGGAUAAGACCUUUCCCACCCUAUUGCCGUUCGGAUUCGGAGACGAGACGGCCGCGCGAGAUCUCCUGUCGUCUCGGAACAUGAGCCUUCGGACGUGGGCCGGCAUCGUGCUGCGGCGCCAUGGUGGCCGAUUCGCGACGCAUGCCAUCUUCUCGUUUCUCGUUUUCAACAUGGACGUGCGGUCGAGGAAUCGUCGUGUCAGCAUGCUCAGCGUGACGCGGAAGAACUUCCCCGAGUCACUCAUCUUGUGUCGUGGCGUGCCUGCAAUAUGGUUCACGCUCAACCCGAACGACAUCACGAACCCGGUGAAGCUGAGACUGGCGGCGUACCGCACACGUGAUCCUGAAGCGGCCGAGGCAUUUCUGAGAAGCCUCGACAUGGCAUUCAAACGUGCGCGGCUGGCCAUCUCGGACCCGUUGAGUUCGGCCGAAUUCUUCCACCGGGAAAUGACGUUGUUCCUCGAAAAUUACGUCAGAGUGGGCGAGGAGUCGGUAUUCGGGCGCAUCAGCCACUAUUACGGCGCCGUGGAGACCAACGAGCGAGGGGCGCUUCAUGUUCACGGACUGCUCUGGCUGCAGGGAAACGCGCAUCUAAGCUCGAUGCUUGUCGAUAUCCACGGCGAGGAUCAAGCGGCAUACCGAGAACGCAUCGUCAGAUACGUCGACAGCGUCUUUUCCGAGGAUCUCGACCAGGAAGGUUUCUGCGCAAUCCAGGCAGAGCGAUCGGUGACGUUAGAUAUAUCGCAAUUGCUAGGCGAUGAACGGCAAUUCUCAGCCUCGUUCGACGAAGAAGCGAACUUCUGUGCCGGCGCGACGCAAAUCCAUACCCAUAGCCCGACCUGUGUCAAGUACUCGCUGGGAAAAGGGGCGCAGGGUGAUUUAUGCCGCUUCAAGGCGCCAUGGGGACUGGUCGACGAGACGGCCUUCACGGGAGACGGCGUGCUGCGGAUUCGGAGGUCGCACAGCAUGGUGAAUCGGUGGAACAAGGCGAUUGCCGUGGGGCUUCGCCACAACCAUGACAUAUCCUUCAUCGCCACACAGCGCAAGACCAUGGCCCUCGUCUUUACGUCACUAACUAUAGCAGGCGACGAAAUGGCCGACGGCGCGGAGGUUCGUGGAGGCGAAGGUGCCGGGGACGAUGGCAGGCAAAAUAAGACACGAAAAUUCUUAAUGAAGGUGGCGAAUCGCGUGUUUACGGAGAGGCCGUUAUCUACCUGGGCGUUCCUGAACGUUUCGGUGCUCUACUGGCACGUCUUCCGACAAUGGCCGCACCUUCGACGAGAAAGCGGCGCAGCCACUGCAGAUGGUUCCGUGGACGAGUCAAUACUCGUCGAGGAAGCAGGCCAGAGGAUUUGCCGCGUCGAGGCAUAUCGUCACCGGGGAGAUGUCCUUCGAGGGCUAUGUCUCUACGAUUACAUUUCGCUAGUCAGGCUGAAGCGCAACGACGGGGACGAGGCCCGCCGCCUGGGGCGAGGUCCCGCUUGA